AUGCCUCUCAUCCAACUCAGUCCACACCUCUUCACCUCCCUCCCGGCUCACCCAUCUCUUCCCCCCAACCCAUCCCGUCCAGAACUAUCCCAGUUCAUCACCACCGCCCUCCGCGAAGCCAUCUCGCUUCUCGACACAACCAUCCCCUCCACCCUAACCGCAGACUCGAAACCCCGUUCCUCGCCGCCAUCGCACGCAAAAGUAAAGCUACUGCGCGGAUGGAGAAAGCCCGCAGGUUCAGACUCUAAUCAAGCUCGAAACGGGCCAGGGAAGGGAGAGUUUUGGGUCUGUCGCGAGAGCCAACACGUUGACUCAGCUGCGUCUGGCACGGCGUCUUGGGAGGAGUUCGAGGAUGGAUUGCGGCAAGAUCAUGCCAAGCAUGAGAUGGAGUAUACGCCCAGCGUGACGGGUGUGGAGAGGUUGUUACAAUGGGAGGGCCCAGAGCUGGAGACGGAGUUGGAGGUCGAGGGCGUCAUGUACACGGAUUUCGAAGUGGAGGGUAAGUCGAAGCUCUUCUCUCUUCAAUCUGAUCACACACACCUUCCACCCAGGCGCGCUGAUCGCGCCGCGCUCGUUCUCUCUCUAACAAUAUCCGCAAGAACCAGCAACAAGCUAGACACCGAGCAGGAGCAGCAACAGCAGCAGAGCCCACCAGGCUUCGUCACCAUCCAGAUACCAUUACACCCGGACGCAUCCUCUACACCGACAGAGCUACACCAAAAAAUCCACUCCACCGUGCCGCGAAGAACAAUAUUUGCCAACUACGCCAGCGUAGAACGCGUCAUGUCGCGCCGCUCUUCGACCCAGGACAGCUCUAGUCCGGAGACUACGAGUUCCGGCCAUGUACAGUGGACUAUGGCGACAACCUCCGACGCUGGUGGGUCGAUCCCGCAGUGGGUUCAGAGGAACUGGACGUUAGGGGGUGUUCCGCGCGCGGUCGUUGCGGAUGUGGGAUUGUUUAUUGGGUGGACUGAUCAGCGGAGGAAGAAGCGAGGGACGACUGGUAGCUCUUAA